AUGCCUUGCUUGGACAAUUUGGGGGACUUCACUCCAAAGCUCAACACUACCAAGAAGCUGGUCAUUUUGAACGGUAGCAUCAAUGCCAUUUGGUAUUUGCUGCACCUCCCGCUCGUGGCUUACGUGAUCGCGAUCCUUGCGGUGCAAAAGGAACACACAGUGGUCAUUGACAACUCGCCCUUCUUACAGUUGAUUGUGGAUGUGGCCGACAACGCCCCCUACCUCAACGCAGAUGUGGUCCUGCCCGCAGACAUUGCACAAUAUUGUGCUUCGGCAGGAGGCCCUUUCCCAUGCAAAAACAGCACGACCGAGGUCUACAAGCACGAAGAUGUCGUGCAGUCACUGGAUCUCCAACUCAUGAAAGCUUGUACAAGAGCUUGCCCCUUCUGGACUGAGAGGUCCUGUUUCGUUCCCCCGCAGAGUCUCAGGCUAGACGGAAGUUCCACACUUGAGCUUGUGUCCUUUACAUCCUUCAACACUGGAGCGAUAUCAGCAAGUGGUGUGGACAGUUCAAGCAACCAUGUGUGGAUCCUUUUGAAUCACGUUCUCAGUGCUGCACCUAUUCAAAUGACUUAUACAUUUCGAUUAUCCCAGCCCGCACCGUAUUUUUUCGGAUCGGACCCGCGUGUGGGGGACAAGAAAACUAAUGGAGACGCUCACAGCAUAGCUGUCAGCAGGAGUCAUGAUGUGCUCUCUUCAUUUGCGCCUGGUGAGAAGAUAAUCCUUACACCACCAGAUCUUUUGGCAAUGGCUGGUUGGGAGUGGAACCUAAACACCUUGCUUCAAGGAGGUGAAUUUUCAGCUGCUGUGAACUGCUACAAUGAUGUCUUUGAUUUAGCUGCCCUCAAUUGGGGAGGCCACACUCCUGUUGUGCCUAGCAGUGAAAGGCCUCUGUGCCUUCUAUCGGUGGAGACACUGCGUGAAUCUUCUAAGAGCACUCUCACCGAUUUUGUGACCGCUACAACUGCGGGGAACACCUACAUCCGUUUUGAUACGCGGCGAGGCGACAGUUAUUUUCGGCUGCCAUCUCUGGUUCACUUGAUUCUGAGUCUGAUCCAGUGCAUCAUCCUACUCAGUGUACCUGCGUCAUUGUCCAUUCUCUUCGCCACCACUUUUUGGGGUUCUUUAUCUAAGAUCUUAAAACGAGCCCAAGUUGAAUUCUUUUUCAUCGGUUUCCGAAUGCCGUCACUGGGGCUGCGCCUGGUAACAGACACCAUGGCACUGGCAAAUAUAUCGCCAGGAACAGAUUCACUUGAGACAGCUAUCAUUGAAAAGGAGCUGCACCAAGCAUUGACUCGCUUGGUAUCUCAUCCAAAUCCUGAAGUGUCACAUGACAUGGCGCAACAUAUCUUUAAGACGAAUCAGAAGAUUCAAUGCUUAGCUAAGAAACAUGACUUCACACAGGAAUCUGGUGGAUCUGGUGGUGUGAGCGGUUGUGAGCCCUGCGACUUGGCCAAUUUGAUUUGCAUCGGCCAACGGGCUCGUGCCCGAGAGGUGGCGGCAUACUUCGACCGUUCUCGUCGCCGGAGCUGCUUGGAGUGGUCAGUGCUGCCCGAUUCUCAUCGUGCAGAGCUGAGGCGAAGAAACCCGGCCCAACGGGCACAGGCGCAACAGGCGCAACAGAAUCAGAGCUCUUCACAGGCUCUGCAGUCUGCCUCUGCAAGUGUCGCUGUAAGUGCUGCAACCAAAAGGCCUCCACUCCUGUCCAGGCUCUCAAGUCAUCUUUCGGCCUUGCAGCCCAUUGAGAACAUGGAGAUGGUUAUGGAUGAUUCGCUUGAAGAUGCAAAGCCACCAACACCAACAGAAAGAGAACUCUUGUUGUACGCCAAGAGGGAGGCCAAAGAGCAGCUUCAAGAAUUGAAGAAUGAUGUGGAAUGGAUGAACAACAUCAACUCCAACAAAACAAAGGCCAAAGACCAGAAAAGAGAGGAGGAACGAGAAAAAAGACGUGCUGAUAUUCGGCAGCUCCUUCAGGUGCUGGCAUCAGCAGAAGAACGCCUGAAUGCCAAAGUCACAUCAGCACAGAAGCACGAGAGCGAUCUCCUACGAGCAUUUGAAAAGAAAGAGUCGUUGGAACGGCGCUUGCAAGGUGCAGCCGCACGUAGAGAGAAAUUGGUUUUGGAAUUGCGUGCAUUUCGCAGCAGAGUCUCGUCGACUCGUUUUCAGCCCCCCCCACCACUGCCUGACGAGUUUGAGGGGCAAUAUCCUCACCCAUCUCUUCGCCAAGAGAAUGAAGACAUCAAGACGUUUGAUAGGAGGCUUCGCAGGCUGGCAGACAAUCUUUUCGCCACCUUGUAUGCCACAGGUGAUGGCAUUGGCCUUGCAGCACCGCAGGUCGGGAUCAAUUUACGGGUCAUGGUUUACAACCCCAACCCGAGAACAAGAGACGAGGAGACAGUGUUUGUCAAUCCUCGAAUCAUGAGUUACGGAAAGGAACAGGAUUACAAGGCCGAGGGUUGCCUAUCCUUUCCAAGGAUUAAGGGACCUGUGCAGCGACCAACUUGGGUUGAGGUGGAGGUGCGUCACGUCAAUGUUGGUUGA